AUGAGACGAACGCGAAUAAGAAGAAGAUGCGAUAAACACAGUUAUGCGGGUCCUCCUCCAUCGCCAAUGCACUUCAAUAACGUGUCAUCCUCACCACCACCAGUGAACAACAAAAAAUUAUCAGUUCCGACGAUUCCACGAACAAACCCGUUUCAUCGCAUUCAAACACCACUCAAACAACCUAUGCCAGAUCCACGUGAGCUAUCACAAUCGAAUAAUUCAGUGAGUGCAUCAUCGUCGGAUCAGUUGGAAUAUUUUGACCCG